UCGAAGCUAACUCCAACAAGGUGCCGCCGCCGCCGCCGCCGCCGUCGCUGCCGCAGAUGUGAGACCAAAACUCCAAAAAGCCACAGUCCCAACAUGAGUUUGGAUGAGGCGUUAUCAGCCACAUACGCUGCCUGACACAUUUCCGGUGUCACCGUUAAUAGUGAAACGAAAAAGACGGGAGAGCGACUAGCUAGGAGAACGGCAAGUCGAGUAGCAUGCUGGACGUGGGGAAGUGGCCAGUGUUUGCACUCCUACCUCCUGAGGAACUGCGGCUUAUCCGGCAGGCUUGUGUCUUUGGCAGCGCCGCAAAUGAAGCCUUCUAUGUUACAGUUAAUGAUGAGGUUUUCGCUCUGGGCACCAACUGCAGCGGCUGUUUAGGGCUCGGAGACCUUCAAAGCACUAUUGAGCCACGCAGGAUCGAUGUGUUGUGUGGAAAGAAGAUUGUGUCCCUGAGCUACGGAACAGGACCACACGUGGUUAUCGCCACUGCAGAGGGCGAGGUGUUUGCCUGGGGCCACAAUGGCUACAGCCAGCUGGGAAACGGGACCACCAACCACGGACUGACCCCGGCGCUGGUGUCCACCAACCUCCUCAACAAGAGGGUGACAGAAGUGGCCUGUGGCUCCCACCACACCAUCGCCCUCACCACAGAUGGAGAGGUGUACGCCUGGGGUUACAACAACUCGGGACAAGUGGGCUCGGGGUCGACCGCCAACCAGCCGACGCCGCGCCGGGUCAGCAGCUGCCUGCAGAGCAAAGUGGUGGUGAACAUCGCCUGCGGUCAGCUGUGCUCCAUGGCCGUACUGGACAACGGAGAGAUCUACGGUUGGGGCUACAACUGCAAUGGACAGCUGGGUUUGGGAAACAAUGGGAACCAGCAGACCCCGUGCAGGAUCGCCGCCUUGCAAGGCGUCAACAUUGUGCAGGUUGCGUGCGGAUAUGCACACACACUGGCGCUGACGGACGAGGGCUUUGUUUAUGCGUGGGGAGCAAACUCGUACGGACAGCUGGGAACGGGCAACAAGAGUAACCAAGCUCUGCCCACCUUAAUAAACACAGACAAAGAGAGGAUGGUGGAAGUGGCUGCAUGCCACACCAGCCACACGUCGGCCGCCAAGACGCAGAGCGGCCAGGUCCUGAUGUGGGGUCAGUGCCGGGGUCAGGCGGUGGCCAGCCCCCACCUCACACACUUCAGCACCACGGACGACGUGUUCGCCUGCUUCGCCACGCCGGCCGUCACGUGGCACCUCCUCUCAGUCGAUGGUGACGACUACCUGACAGUCGCUCAGUCUUUGAAGAAGGAAUUCGACAGCCCAGAAAUUUCCGACCUGAAGUUUCUGGUCGACGGGAAGUGCAUCCACGUCCACAAGGCCCUGCUGAAAAUCAGGUGUGAGCAUUUUCGCGUGUUGCUGAACGAAACGGACGAAGACGCCAUCGAAGUCCACCAGUUCUCGUACCUGGUGUACCGAGCCUUCCUGGAGUAUCUCUACACGGACAGCAUCAACCUGCCGCCGGAGGACGCCAUCGGGCUGCUGGACUUGGCCACGUUCUACCGAGAGAGCCGGCUGAAGAGGCUGUGCCAGGAAACCAUCAAGAGGGGCAUCUCCGAGGACAACGCCAUCACCUUGCUCUCCGCCGCCGUCAAGUAUGAGGCUCGGGACCUGGAGGAGUUCUGCUUCAAGUUUUGUGUCAACCACCUAACGGCCGUCACGCAGACUCAGGCCUUUGCGGACAUGGACCAUGACCUGCUCAAGAACUUCAUUAACAAAGCCAGCCGCUACGGGGCCUUCAAAAACUGACUGUAGCGAGGGAUCCGGCUCUCUCAGAGGACACCAAAGCAAACACGGCACUGAUCCGGGACUUGAAAAGCAGAGAGGCACCUGGCCAAAGUUUCUGACGCCCCCCCCUGUUGAGAGGGCGUUUGUAUUGGGUCGCACCACUCGUCCAGGCAGGCAGCGAGGAGGCUGAAGAGGAAGAUGUGCCACAGCGGUCGUUGGUCUGCCUUGUUUUGUUGUUUUUGUGUUACUGACUAUAUGCUCGGUUGAGUCUCCGUUCGAUUGGUUCAGUCGAGGCAGUCGGAUAUUGAAUGUGUGCGCUAACACUCCCAUCUUCCCCGAAGCACUGCCUUUCUGGAGUUUUUGAAAUGUUACAAACCCCCCUGCGUGAUCACAAAACACCUGAUUGGCUCCAGAUUCACUCUGCAGCGGAGUUUCCAUGUUCCCCGUCAGGUCUACACAAUAUCUUUCAGUACUUUCUAUAUUCCUGGAUGUAGGGUUACUAAACAGUCCUGAUCUGAACUUCAAGACAGCAGAAGGUGAUUGAUCCUGCAGACUUCUGAACGCUGGUUUAAAUCCCCUGAAAGUGUUUCAGCAGGAAAUCCCAAUUUCUCCUCUUCAUUGUAUUUAUAUCACUUUCAGUUGCUUUGAAGUUUCUCAGUUCCGUUAAUGAAUCGACAUACUCGAUGCAUUAUAGAUUGUCUGAUGGAGAUCUGGUUAUGACUUUUCCUCUACUCUUUUUUUUUUUUUUGAUACGGAAGUCACUACUGCACUUUGCACUGUGGGCUUGUUAAGUUUUGCCUGAUGCACUUCCUGCCACACACCCGAGGUUCACACUUCACCCAGCUCUCCAUCAGCAUUUACUUUCCCCCCCAUAGAUGAGUGCAGGUUGAGAUUAGAGGCGAUUAGAAUCAGAUGAAUCAACUUCCUGCCUGUUACAGUUUGUUUUCCUGACGCCCGAUCGCCCGAAUCUACAUUUAACUAAGAAUCUCUCAAACUUUGUUUUUGCUGUUCCUCACUCCUCUGCCAUCCACGCUCGCCACUGCUCUUUCUGAACACUGUUUUCCUGCUGCCAGCUGUUACACAUUCACCGGAGAGAAGCGUGAACUCGGAGCUGGAAUCGAUGUUUGUCCCUGUGAUGUUACUGUUUUCUACUGGAGUGUUGUUGUCAAUUGGUAUGUUUACACAACGUUUUUGUUUUAUCGCUGACGCGUUGGAAGCGGACUCCUGCUCCUUCUUUAUACGUCUCCCCGGACAGCGCCUUGUGGUGCUGGAGGUAGCGGUAGACGUGCUCAAAUCAAACCACAAGGUCGUUAAGUCGCCAGGUAAUUCCACGCCGACUUCCUAAUGGAAAGUCACAAAAUGCUCUUACUUUAACAAGCCAAUUAGUGUAGGUUUUUUUUGUUUUUUUUUUUUUUUUUGGAACGUUUUGAUAAUUACUAAACAAUGCCAGUGUGUUAUCCUUUUGUAUGAAAAAUGCUGCUGAUGUUGGAAACAUUUGACAAUGUAGCGUACAAUAAAGUGAUGAGGUAGAUCAUACUGAACACUACUGUUGUUGCUCUGUGCUUUAACUGUUGCAGCCAGCAGGGGGCAGUGUGAUGCAUUUGUUUUCAUACCGGUUCUAUUCUAUUUCUGUGAUAUCACAAUACAAAAGUCAUUUCAAGACAGAGAAAAAUCAACAAUUCCACAUGAACAAGCACAGGAAACAGUGGAAAUGGAAAAACUUCCUUUAAACUGGGAAAAACCAGCAGGACCAGACUCAGAGGAUGAUACUUUCUUCGUCACCUUUCUGAAUUUUCUAUAUAAACGCAUUACAAUCUGUUUGUUAAAGUAAAUAAAAGUCUGCAACUUGUGAAACUUCAGCUUCGCUGUAGGGUUUAGGCUGAGCGGCCAAAUGAGCAUGGGAAACGUGUCUGAAACCGUUCAACAGCUUAAAAUAUGACAAGAAACAAAGUGCAGCCUUCCUUUAAUGUGCACUGUGACACAAAUUCACGCUCCUCAUCUUCUGCUUUCAUGAACUCGUCAGCCGCAUUGCUGCUUGUCUUUGGCAACACUCUGACGGGUCUGUGGCCCUGCAGGUUUCACACCUUCGAUAACCAGGUUUCCUGUAACGUUCACUUACAUGUCAUGUCUUGAAUUGAAAUUACUAGUUGACAGAUGUGGAUCUUGAACAAAGAUCGUCUGGUUUUGUCGGACAGCACCGUGCAGGUGGUUGUACAGACAGCUUCAUAUCUUUAAGC